ACAUGUCUUUCCUUCCUAUAUAACAUAUUUAAUAUCAUACAGGAGUGGAUUACGAUAGAUGUAGUUUUUACGAAAAUAAAUAUUAUUUAAAAAUGGAAACAUCCACUAUUAAAACAGGAACAUUUGAAAAAAAAAAAGUAAAAAAGAAAAUGAGUAAAACACAAAUUCAAUUAGCAAUAAUUAAAAAGAAAGAAUGUGAUGCUAAAGCUCUCACAAUUGUCGAACAGCUUUUAGAACCAAAAAUAGAUUCUCAGUGGCUUUUAUCUAAUUUGAAAUACAUUAACAAGAGUCAUAUGGAAGAUGUAAUUGAAGAAAGAGCUAUAAUUAAAUUAUGUGGCUACAUACUAUGUAAUAAUGCAUUAACAACAAUAAUUGAUCAACGGUAUCAUAUAUCAACAAAAAAGAACAAGGUUUAUGAUAUAACACGACGUAAAAAUUUUUGUAGUUCACAUUGUUAUGGAGCUUCUAAUUAUCUUUUAAAACAAAUGUUCACAAGUCCUCUGUGGUUAAGAGAUAAAGAGGAAAUACCAGAAUUUAGAAUACUAUCAAACAAAAAUAAAUUAAAAGAAAAUAUACUUGGAGAUGAAAUUUAUGUGAGUGAUAUAAAAAUGGUAUUAAAUGAUGAAAACGCAGAUGAACAUAUAAAAGAUAACAAAAUAUGCAAAAGAUUAGAUAGCAUACUUCUCAGUAAAUCUUCAGAAGCUAUUACACAUGAUGAGUACAUAGCAAAAAUAUCUCAAACAGAUAAUGAAAAUAUACAAGCAAACAGUAUUAUUGAAAAAUUUGAUAUUUUAAAAGAAUUUUCAAAAAGUAAUGAUGAGAAAUCUGCCAAUGUGAAAAAAUCAUCUAAUUCAGAAAAUAAAGAUAGUACUAUUAAAAACUACAUAAAUGAUAAGACUGUUAAAAAAAUAUGUAUCUUAAAAGAUAAUACCUUACAAAAUUGUAUAGUAACUCAAAGCAUUACAAAUGCAAAUAAUGAUAUUGUACCUUUCAAUGAAGAUAAAUAUCAAAAUAUAGAAAAUGAAGAACAAAAUGAAUUAUUGGAAACAUUAGAAAUAAAGUGUAAUACAACUAUUAUAAAAAAUGAUAUUAUUACUAAUAAUAAAGAUUCUGUACAGAAAGUAAAACAAAAUAAAAAUAAAAGAUAUGAACAAAUAAAUUUUGUUAAAGAAAAUCAGUCAAAUAAAUUUUAUAAUCUUGCAAUUCAUAUUGAACACAAUGUAAGGAAAUGGAUUACUGAAGAUACUAUUUCUUUAUUAUCAGGAGAAAAACAUAUUAAAAAUCAAUUGUUAGAAAAUAUAGCUCAGCGUGACAGAUAUUUACAUCUAUGUAAAAAAUUAAAUAAAUUGCAAUUAGAAGAUGAAAAAUAUGAUCGUUUAGGUUUAAUAACAAAUACUUUGAAACCAUUACCUCAUUUAUCUGUGCUUCGAGAAGAAGGAGAAAAAGUGGAAUUAAAAGUUCGGGCAUUUUAUAAAGGAAGUAUGAUUAUAGAAAAUCAUAAAAAUAUUACAGAAGUUGCUCAUCAGAAUAAUGAUUUUAGUCCAAUAUUACCUUUAACAGAUGCACAUGCAUCUAAAAUACUUCGACGUAGAAUAUUUUUAGAUAAACUUAAUAGAAUAUUACCAGAUUUACUAUGUGCUUUAGCUGUUAAUAAAUUACCACAAUAUACAUAUAACAAUGCAAAAAAUACUUUAAUUAAGGCAUUAGUUAAUACUUUCUCAUUAUCUGCUGCAAAUGUUAUUUUUAAAACAGCUGAAUGGACUCUUGUGGGUCUUAUUAUUAUUAAAAUGUUGAGUAUGAUAGAUCCAGAGUUAAAAUUUGUAUUGUCAACCAAACAAGCAACAAUGUAUAUUUCAAUGAUUUUGAUGUCAUAUAAGUUAGAUUCAAAUUAUUUAGACAGAUUAGUAAUGGAAUUAAUUAAUAUGGAUAUAUCAGAUAUAGAUAAUACU